GCCAGUUGCCGCCAUUGAUUCAAGCAUCUUCGUGACUGGCGUUUGUGACAGUCGGCUUGAACUGAUUUUUAAACAAUUUUUAUUAGAAGAAUAAAUCUAGUUUGAAAAUGUUUCUAACACGUUCUGAAUACGAUCAUGGUGUUAAUACUUUUUCACCUGAAGGAAGGUUAUUCCAAGUUGAAUAUGCUAUAGAAGCUAUAAAACUUGGUUCCACUGCCAUUGGAAUUGCAACAUCAGAAGGUGUAGUGUUAGUUGUUGAGAAGCGUAUCACAUCUGGUUUAAUGGAACCUACAACCUUAGAAAAAAUUGUAGAAAUUGAUAAGCACAUUGGAUGUGCAGCAUCAGGUCUGAUAGCUGAUUCUAGAACAAUAAUUGAUCGUGCUAGAGUAGAAUGUCAAAAUCAUUGGUUUGUCUACAAUGAAAAAAUGUCUGUGGAAUCAACGGCUCAAGCUGUUUCCAAUUUAGCUAUACAAUUUGGAGAUAGUGAUGAUGAUGGUAGUGCUAUGUCACGACCAUUUGGUGUAGCAGUGUUAUUUGCUGGUAUUGAUGAAAAAGGGCCUCAGCUGUAUCAUAUGGAUCCUUCAGGCACUUUUGUUCAGUUUAAUGCAAAAGCCAUUGGUUCUGGGAGUGAAGGUGCACAACAAAACCUUCAAGAGGUAUAUCACAAGUCAAUGACGCUUAAAGAAGCAAUAAAAUCUGCUUUGGUUAUACUGAAGCAAGUCAUGGAAGAAAAAUUGAGUGAUAAUAACAUAGAAGUAAUGACAAUGACACCUGAGAAACUGUUUCAUAUGUUUACAAAAGCUGAAUUACAAGAGGUGAUUAAAGAUAUUGCUUAAUUUUUAGAUCAUUUAAAAUAUACUGGUUUAAUAAAUCUAAAUAUAUAAAAUAAUAAGUAGCAUAAUUAUGCUACAUGAGCAUUGUAUAAGUGCAAAUUAUAUAUACCUUUUUCAUUCAAAGAACAUGAUUUUUACAUAA